GUAUCCGGCCCCAUCAGACAACAGGAGCAGCAAGUUGCACGUACAAUCAAUAACAUGCAGCAACAGAUCCAACAGCACCAGCGUCAGCUGUACCAGGCCCUGCUGAUGAAGCAGCAGCCCCCCGGCUCCCACUCCUCCUCCGGCCUGCACCCUGGCCAAGGCAAAUCAGCCCUGGACUCGUUCCCAGGCCACCCCCAGGCUCCGGGCCUCUCCGACCUGCACACCAAAGAGCCGCAGUCUUCUCCCAACUCCUACAGCCCCUACCCCCUCUCUGGACUCAAUCCAAACAUGAAUGUAAACUGCAUGGAGGUGGGGGGCCUGUCCAUGAAGGAGCCUCCCCAGCCCCAGUCCCGCCUGUCCCAGUGGACCCACCCCAACUCCAUGGACAGCCUCUCUGGAAACUCCUCUCACAUGGAGGCCAACCUCAAUAAGCACGGUGCCAUUUCUGCUGCCUCUAACCUGGGUCCCCCUGGAAAGCCCCCCCACAUGGACGACUCCUACAGCCCCUACAAUAUGAUGGGUGGGUCGGAGUCCCCCACCUCCCCCCUGGUUCCCCCUGACAGCUGGGGCCAGGGACCGGGCAAGAGCCCCAAGGACCAGAUCACCAACGGCACCAAUAUCAACUGGCCCCCAGAGUUCUGUCCAGGCGUGCCCUGGAAGGGCCUGCAGAACAUUGACCCUGAGAACGACCCCAACAUGACCCCAGGAAGUGUUCCCAGCGGCCCCACCAUCAACACCAACAUCCAGGACGUCAAUCGCUACCUGCUCCGGGACCGCAGUGGAGGCUCUUCCCCUCCUUCACCACCUCAGAACGGUGCUCUGCCCCCCUCCAGCGACUGGCCAGUCAGUGGCUGCUACACUAGCUCUUUCAGUCUGUCCUCCCCGGAUGAGGAGAGUGCAGGUAAACUAUCUGACAUGAAGUCCACCUGGUCCCCGGGGCCCAUCUCCCACCCCUCCCAGGCCUCUCUGUCCCACGAGCUGUGGAAGGUCCCCCAGGGGCCCCGCAACAACACAGCCCCCUCCAGGCCACCUCCGGGCCUCACCAACCCCACCAAGCCCUCUUCCACCUGGGGAGGAAACUCCUUGGGUCUGGCCCAAGGCUGGAGCAGUUCAUACACCUCAGAGGGCUCCACCUGGAGCACAGACAGCUCCAACAGGACCAGUAGCUGGCUGGUCCUGAGGAACCUCACCCCCCAGAUAGACGGCUCCACCCUGCGGACGCUCUGCAUGCAGCACGGCCCCCUCAUCACAUUCCACCUCUUCCUGACCCAGGGAAACGCUGUGGUGCGCUACAGCUCCAAGGAGGAGGCUGCCAAGGCCCAGAAGUCCCUGCACAUGUGUGUGCUGGGGAACACCACCAUCCUGGCGGAGUUUGCCGGGGAGGAGGAGGUGAACCGCUACUUUGCACAAGGCCAGCAGCAGCUUCCGCCCACCACAAGCUGGCAGCCCAACCCCGGCACCAAUCAGACGCGCAUGGGCGGAGGCUCGCAGCAGCACGCUAUUGGCCAUCACUGGAGCAGCGGUGGUGGUGGCCUGGGGGGAGGAGCCAAGACGGGUGGAGGCGGAGACCUGCUGUGGGGGGGCGUGCCCCAGUACUCCAGCCUGUGGGGGCCCCCUAGUGGCGAUGAUAGUCGCGGUGUCAUCGGGAGCCCCAACCCCAUCAACACGCUGUUGCCAGGCGACCUGCUGAGUGGAGAGUCCAUGUAGGACAACACACUAACUAACAAACCAACCAUGAGGAUGGAGGUUUCACCGCUGGAACAGACAGUGGAAAAAUUAUAAUAAAUGCAAAAAUACAAAAAAAAUUUACAAUGAACAGGAGCAAAACCAAGCAAAUCAUGUGGCGAUAAUCAGUAUCAAUGGAACUGUGAAUCGUGUACCGGAAGGCUGGGGGCGACGACACAAGACUGCUGACCCCUACGCCCUUCGGUUUUUACGUUUUUUUUCUUCUGUUUAGUUUUCUUUUUAAAGGGGGAUUUCGUUUUUAGUAUUUGAUAAACGUUGAUAAACAAAUGAAAUGCCGAAAAGACUCAAUGAAGAGAGAACCAUUAAGUGUUUUUAAGUUUCCCAUGAAUAUCGCACAUUCUGUGUGAAGUGUUUUUAAGGAGAAGCAAUCGAAGAAGCUACCAUUUUGAAUAUUUCCUUUGCUCCUGAAACUCCAAAUUGAUACAAAAAACUAUCAUUCCCAACAUGCCCGUGGCCAAUGAUGUGGUUCAAAGACCUUUUACUUAUUAUAUUGUUUCAUUUCUAAGCACUAAUAUUAGCCUUAAGUGCUCUACUGCGGCCCAGGUCCUCCUCCUUCAAUAUCAAGCCUUUUUCAUUGUUUUGAAACUGAUUUUUUUUAAAUGCGUUUGAAAGCUUGCACAGUUCCCAUCUGAGCCAGCGAAUGGAACAGAACAAGUGUGAUCAACCAAGGUCGUAUUCAUGAGGAACGAAACCGAAGCAAGCGGACUGAAACAGAGAGGGACUACCUGAACUUUGUCCAAUAAGAAACGCUUGUUUUCGCUUGCCGUUGCAAAACGUUUUGCCACCUGUGCACUAAUGAAAUGACCCCCAAAUCACAGUAUGAGGCCUGUCAACACUGACCCAACCAAUCAUCAGUUAAAACCUUUUCCGUUUUUUGGUCAUUUGUUUGUUCUUAAAGGGAUUUACACUGCUGUUUUUCUUCUUUUUGUAUAUCCAGGCGCAUUUUUAUAAUAUCUAUCGCAACAUAAGCUGAGAUUAUUACACAUCGACCGACCUAGCUGCGCGUGUUUUAUGUGUGUACUUGAGUAUAUGUCUGAUGGAACCUAAUUAUUCAUGUCUGUGAGUUCAGAUUACCACUGCUCAGAAGAACUACAACUUCAGCUAUACUCACCUAACAGGACUUACAGGUGCUUCUUGUCAAUUAUUAACGUUAUUAGUCGAUUCCGUUGGUGACCCUCUCAUCCCCAUUGUGGUCCAACAGUUUCUGGAAACAACAACAACAAAACACGUCACCUUGACGUGACAGUUACAUUGUGCAAUAUAUACGCCACAGACCCUUCUUCCGUCCACACUCAAGUCAAAGCAGGAGCUGGUUUCUUUAAGUUUUUCGUUGUUGAUUUUUGUUGUCGUUGUUGAUCAAAGCAAAGAACUUAAGAACUACAGAAAUGAUACCGUUUCAUAUUUUUGAUUCCCACCAGGCCCCCCCUCCUUGACCCCUGCCCCCCCUCCUUGACCCCUGCCCCCCCUGUUGGGUUAACUCUUGCGGAGAGGAGGAGCGAGGAUGGUGUUACUAUUAUAACUGUGCGUUCAGAAACUGUCCCUGCAGCCCUGAAACUCCUCAUACGUACACAUUGAACUGGGGUACAUGGAAAGCACCAUCAGAAAGCCCUUCCUCUCCGUGUUGCCACACCGAACAGAGACUGAAUCCAGAUGGGGGACUCACUGGAGGGGCACUGGGCAUCUGGCACAAUACCAAAUAAGAGGGGUUUGGCCUAAUGCAGUAGAUCUACUACGAGUGUUCCUUGUAUUAGGUACUGUACAUAAAUGUAAAAGAUAGACUAAGUAACCUUUUGUCUAUUUCAAAGGGUUUUAUCAUAGCACUUAUGAAGAGAGCUAAACGCUUCAACUUGCAAUCCAAUAAAUCAGAAAAAUGGAGCAGCAACUUUGAAAACUGAAAAAAAAGACAAAAAAAGAACUCUUGCUCUUUUUUUUGUACUGUAUCUAUACUUGGAAAUAACUUCUGGCAUUUACGUUUGUUCCUCUUUGGUCCAAGGACUUGUAUGAACUUUGAAAUGGUAGCAGGAUGAAGAGAAACUAAACAAAACAAAAAAAGGAAAUCAAAUUCUAUCGGACAAAAAAAAGUCUGCAGUGCGAUUUUUUUUCUUUUCUUCUAAAUACAUUUUCUUUGAACUAUAUCAAAGUGAAUAUCACUGUUACUCCAAAAUGUUUAGCCUUUUUCUUGUCUGGAGACGCUAGACAUGCAAUGUUACUUGUCUCCGGCCAACGGUCGGUCGGAGUGGGGAGGGGGACGGUCACGGUCCACUGAGUGCCUCUCUGCUGUGGUGCCCAUGGCGACGGUCGCUAGGCAAGGCUACCCCCACUGCAGCAAUUCCUCCUGGGCUGGCACCAAGCUCUCCCAUUGGACCCCCUCAGCCUGGCAGGAAACCACGCUCCCUCCAAGACUGGCCAAUCAGCACGGAGCUAGCUAGCUAACGACCGCGCCAGCCGCACUCGACCUUGUCUCAACCAACCCUCUCCAUUUCCCCUCAUCUUCUUUCACACAAAGAUCACUUUAGCUGGAAGUCAAGAGACAGUCAAAUUUCUGGAAUUUUGCCAGUGUUUGAUGAAUUUUGUUUUUGUUUUUCUCCUUUUUGAUGUUUAUGAUGUAUUUUUUGAUUGAUUGAUUUGUCUACAUGCAGUGAUCUUUUCAAGAUGGCUGCUUGAAACUAGCCCUUUUCACUGUUCAUAUGCAGAAACACUUUGGUCAGAGGUGCCUCUGUAUGUUCAUCCUGUGUAUUGAAUGCAAACGAGGAUCAAUACUACAGCCCGUCAUUGAUUGUCUAUUAUUAUUAGUUGGUAUCUUAACUGAUUGAUUGAUCAUUGCUUUGUUUUGGACAGUAUUCUGUAGUACUUCCAGGUAGUAUCUCAAGACGUGUAAGUUAGACCAAUAGGGUGUCUCAGAUGGGUGAGUGUGUCCUCCCUGACCCUAGCUGCUCCACCUGGGCUCCACCAGGGCUGUCCCUUCUCGCCCCCUCACACAGCUGCUACGCUACACCCUCCUCCAGUCCCCUCCAAAGCAACCAACCAACCUAGACCAUGGCCCCCACUUGACCAGACAUAAACAGAGACUCAGUUCUGUUUCUAUGCAAAAUACUAGAGGCUGCGGGCCCUUUAAUCCUGCCCUAAGGAAUGAGCACCGAUUCCCAGAGCUAGACCCAACAACCUCCUGCUGUAUGUACCCUUCAGCACUUAGAACAUGGCCGCUCCUGGUCCUUAUAGCUGGGUUUAAACCACAACACUGUCGUAUUCCAAACGUACACCCUCCCUCUAUGGGGAGUUAGUACCACUGGAGUGGAGGUAUAGUAGGCCUCUCUCUUUACUUUACUGUGCUGAAGAAGACUGAUCUCCUGUCAGCUUGAUCUCAGGGUAGAAGGAGACGACAU